CGUGUUGCGGAGCCUUCGGCCGUGAGAGGGUCUUUUGGCUUCCUCAGGGGAGGGUAGGACUUUUUGCUGAUUGUAGCUCUUGUCUUAACAGGGGGCUCUGUUAAGUUCAAGGUGGAAGAGCCGAAGAGGGAAGAGAGGAGGGAACCCUAGAUGUUGAUGAAUUGUUAUUAAAUCUCAGCCAUUAGAUGAAAUAGAUGGCUGAGAUUUAAUGGAUUUCAGGUAAUUUCAGCCCCCUAUACUACGGAGGUGCUUUGCUUAUUAUUGCUUUGCCAGAAGCCCAGAAAUCGGGGUUUCACAACAAAAAAUGAAUGUGAAGAAAGAUGGUUUUGUCGAGCCUUCGAGCAGUGAAAAUGCGGGUUCUGGAGCAGAAAUUUCAGUUUCUCAAGCGUGUAUAAUCAAUCUCGCCUGUGCUUUAGCCUUGGCCACUGGAUUCUUUACGGCUCGCAAUUUCUACUCCGUCACUCUUGUCUCCAAUCCGUCUCUUACCCUUCUCCUGAUCUUGGUUAUUGAAAGCCCUGUUGUGAUCCUCACAUACAGUUGGUUUCGGCAGAAUCCGGACAAAUGCUCUUACUUCAGAGCUGUUGGACGGGGCGUACUGGGACUUCCUUUUGGGGCUCUAGUAAAUGCAUUUGGAGCUAUUGCUUUGGGUUCACCAGUUGGCACUCAGUAUUUACCAAAGACCCUUAACUGGUCACUUCUUAUGUCAUUAUUCACUUGCGUACCUGCUGCUUCUGUAUUUGGCUCAGCUUGGUCAGAGUGGCAACGCUUAUUUGCUCAUACCAAGCCAAAAGGUUCUUUAGACUAUCUGAUAUGUAUACCUGCACAUGGAGCUGUUAUUGGAGCUUGGUUUGGUGCUUGGCCCAUGCCGCUUGACUGGGAGAGGCCAUGGCAGGAAUGGCCAAUAUGCGUCGCUAAUGGAGCUUUGAUCGGGUACCUAGUAGGAAUGGUAGUGUCUGUUGGAUUCAUACUCGUGAAUGGUCGACGGCAGCAUCUUAAAGCGGAUUAAUUAGCGAUGCAAAUCUCGUAAUUUCAUAUAACUUUAGCAUUAUAAUCUUACCUAUGCCACCAUUUUUGAUAGAACUCUUAAUUAGGAAAUAGCUUUAGGAUAUGGAGUUGGUUUUUUUUUUUUUUUUUUU